GGGAAGAGUGUCAGAGGAAGUACAAGGCGGCCACACCUGCCCCUCUUUACCUGCGACACUGAUACUGUCAGUUUUACUGCAUUUCCUGAUACUGCACUUGAAGUUCUAUGAAAAUUCCACACAUUUCUCCAAGAUUCGCUAGUUCUUCCGGACUUUGCACAAAGGAGAAGUUGUCUCUGGGGGAUAGAUUCCAAUGGGGCCAGAACAAUGAACACCCAUACCAGAGGGGAGUCCCCGCCUCCCAGGGCGGAGACCACCCCAAAGAGCGGAGUUUCUGGAUCCACUUAGCCCUUCUUUAACCUCCCUCGAGAGAGGCAGCUUGAUCUUCAGCCCUCCCACCUGACAAUCUACACAGCAGCCUUGAAGGAAAAGACGCCAGACUUCAGACGUCUGUCUGCUCGGUGGGCACCUCAUUCUAAUCCUGGCACCCCCUUCGCACGCUUCCCCUCCACCACCCCCACCCCCGACCUCCCAGGGCAGAAGGGAGAGCGGGGGCAGACUCUUAUGAGUCACCUCCCAGGCCUGGAGUUGAGGAGGGAAGCGCCGCCUCUCCUUGGGCCCCUUCUCUCCCCCUUUCCCCUCCCUGCUGGUUCCUGGCAUCGCCAGAUGCUGCGCAGCAGUCUCCGAUUCCCCAUCACCAAUUCGGCUGGCGUCUCCGAGACCGCGGGCUCCCGUAGGGUCCCCGUGGCCCCGAGUUGUAGUCGGGACACCCCGGCCGCGGGUGAUCGUCGGGUCUCCACGCGCCCGGUUCGCUGGCGCGGAUCCGGCUUCGGCGCCUUCUCAGGGCGCCCUGCAAGGCCGCGGGCAGGAUGAACAUUCUGGCACCCGUGCGGAGGGAUCGCAUCCUGGCGGAGCUGCCCCAGUGCCUGAGGAAGGAGGCCGCUCUGCACGGGCACAAAGACUUCCACCCCCGCGUCACCUGCGCCUGCCAGGAGCACCGGACAGGCACCGUGGGCAGAUUUAAGAUCUCCAAGGUCAUCGUGGUGGGGGACCUGUCAGUGGGGAAGACUUGCCUCAUUAAUAGGUUCUGCAAAGACACCUUUGAUAAGAACUACAAGGCCACCAUUGGAGUGGACUUCGAGAUGGAACGAUUUGAGGUGCUGGGCAUCCCCUUCAGUUUGCAGCUUUGGGAUACCGCUGGACAGGAGAGGUUCAAAUGCAUUGCGUCAACCUACUAUCGAGGAGCUCAAGCCAUCAUCAUUGUCUUCAACCUGAAUGAUGUGGCAUCUCUGGAACAUACCAAGCAGUGGCUGGCUGAUGCCCUGAAGGAGAAUGACCCUUCCAGUGUGCUUCUCUUCCUUGUAGGUUCCAAGAAGGAUCUGAGUACCCCUGCUCAGUAUGUGCUGAUGGAGAAAGAUGCCCUCCAGGUGGCCCAGGAGAUGAAGGCUGAGUACUGGGCAGUCUCAUCUCUCACUGGUGAGAAUGUCCGAGAAUUCUUCUUCCGUGUGGCAGCACUGACCUUUGAGGCCAAUGUGCUGGCUGAGCUGGAGAAAUCGGGGGCUCGUCGCAUUGGGGAUGUUGUCCGCAUCAACAGUGAUGACAGCAACCUCUACCUAACUGCCACCAAGAAGAAGCCCACAUGUUGCCCAUGAGGGCUGAGGAGACUGUUCAGAGACUGCCCAGCCCUAGGGCACUGUGCCACCCUCAUUCCUCCAGAGCCUGACCCCUGGACAUUUGCACUGACUUUAUCCAGACCAAAGAGCUGCCUCUUGGUGGCAGUAUUCCCACAGAGGGGUAGCUGGGACCAUGCUAGUCACUUCCUGCCCCCAGGCACUGUGCCAAAGACUGGAUGCCCCCUACUCCUCAGGGGACUGUCCAGGGUGCCCAGUGGUAGUGGGGGAGAGUGUCUCUGUUCUUUUGCUCAGCCUGCUGGGCCCUUUGUGUAUGAGGAUGCUUAAUGAUUCCAGCCUCUCACUGUGCCUUAUGGAUUAAAAUUUCUUUGUUACGAGCA